AUGGUGGAGCUCUGGUUUACUAAAAACAGAGUAUGCUAUGAUGAGGAAAUACCAAACUUGGUAAAUUUCAAAUUGAGGAUAAUGCAGUUUACAAAAGAGAACAGUAUAAGAAUGAAGGGUAAAAUCAGGGGAUCUAUAUAUGAUAUGAGCAUCACGACAGUAUUUGACAUCAAGGGUGUGAAGGUUAUAUCAUCUGAGGUAAAAGAAUGCAUUUUCAGAUUUCCUGCAAUAAAUCAAGUGCUCAUUUGCUGUGAUGGAGCAUCCAAAGGGAAUCCUGGUAUUUCUGGGUACGGAUUUGUUGGAAGGAACAAUACUGGAGGCUAUCUUGGUGCAGUGGCUGGUGGUUUGGGUGUAGCCACUAAUUUCAUUGCUGAAGUAAUGACUUUAAUCUAUGCAGGUGAAUGGGAUACAAUAAUACAGUAUUUUAAUGUUUGUUUUAGUCUGGAUUCAAAGCCAGUACUGCAAGCUUUCAGCUAA